GAGUGAUAAAGGCACCAUCUCCCUUACUAAUGACAAAACACCUUAAAGAAGAUACCAUCUCCUUUGCUAAAGAAAAGGUGAACUCUUUAAAAAAGUUAUCAAUUUCUGUCUUUGAAUAUAUAAUAAAG